AUGAUCAGGUUUUGCAGUGCCCGUUUGAUACAGAGAGGCCUCCACACGGCGGUAGCGAAGCCCGUGAUGGCGACGUCGACAGCAGCAUCUCGCGCAGCCGCAUCAAAAAUGGCGGGUGCGCAGGCCGAGACAGGUGUGGUUGGCUCGCGGUUGGUGCCUGGCUAUGGCCGAACACUCACGCGGGCUUUGGGCGGCCAGGUUCUGGAAGCGGAUACGGAAGGCGGUGGUCACGUGAUGACAGAAGGGUCUGUGGACUGGAGGCGGUCGUUCCACGGACUGGGCGCCAAGCCGUUUGCGGCGCCGGUGCAAGAGGAACUGGCGCGCGCGCUGGAGCCGCUUGAUAUUGAAAUCAAGCCCGACGGGCUGCUGUACCUGCCGGAGAUCAAGUACCGGCGGAUUCUGAAUCGGGCGUUUGGAGCAGGGGGCUGGGGUCUGGCGCCGAGGUCUGACACCAUAGUGACAGCCAAGCUUGUGACGCGGGAGUACGCACUGGUCUGCCACGGGCAGCUAGUCAGUGUUGCGCGCGGUGAGCAAGACUACUUCAUCGACACCGGGAUCCCGACGGCGACGGAGGGCUGCAAGAGUAACGCGCUGAUGCGGUGCUGCAAGGACCUCGGUAUCGGGUCGGAGCUGUGGGACCCGGUGUUUAUAAAGAAGUUCAAGAAGGAGUAUUGUAUGGAACGUUUUGUGGAGCACCUCACAACCAAGAAGAAGAAGAAGAUCUGGUUGCGCAAGGACCGCGAAGUGGAAUACCCUUACAAAUAA